AAGAAAUUUCUGAAAGAGCAGGCUGCACUAUACGGAGUAGCCUUGCGUAGAAUGGACCCCCUCACCAUUACUACGGGAAUCAUCACCACACUACAAGCAAUCUCGGCUGUUAUAUCUGUCUGCUACAACUUCAAGGCUGCUCUCACAAACGCGCCGUGGUCACUAACCCGGAUUAUUGGUGAAUUAAAGAGUUUACGUAACGUCUUAGAGACGCUCGAAGAUCUUGUACAACGCCUCAACACCCACGAAGAUGUGAAGAAGAUAUCAAUGAUCACGUCUCUUUUGGAGGGAGAUGAAGGCCCAUUUGCGUCUUGUGUGCGUGAGCUCAAAAGUCUAGAGGAUAAGAUCAAAUCCUUUAGUCAUGUCGGGUCUGCGGGCUCUAUGCGAAAGGCAGCUAUGCAGUCCUUGCGAUGGGAGCUGAAAGAUAAAGAUACAAAGCAGUACCUGGAAAGCAUAGAGCGAUACAAGACAACUUUGUUGUUAGCUCUCAAUAUUGAUCAAAGUGCCCGCCUGCUUCACGUUCAUUCUAUAGCUGCUUCGCUACAAGAAACGACGCACAAUAUGGAAUCCACAAUGAAAGCCAUGGAGCAGUUUCACAUCGAUAGUAAGCUAGAUGAUGAGCGGCAAGCUAUACUCGAAUGGCUAUCCCCUCUGGAUUCAUCGGAAAACCACGAAGAAGCGACUUCGACACAUCUGUCUGGGACAAGUUCUUGGUUCAUAAAAUCCACCGAAUUCUCAGACUGGAAUCAGCCAGGAAAACGCUUUCUCUGGGUAAGCGGUUUUGCCGGUUCCGGGAAGACGAUUCUCUUCUCUGAUGUUGUGAAACGUCUUGUGCAAACUUCCGGACGUGCAGACAACAGGUUUGGCAUCGCAUACUUUUAUUGCGAUUUUACCAAAAGUCAAUGUCAAACGGCUGAGAAUGUUGUCGGCUCGUUAGUGGCACAGUUGUGCUUGCAGUUCCUUUGUCCAAAUGAGCUGCACCACGCUUUUACCGAGAGUACAGUUUCAGGCCGCAAACGACGUCCAAAUCUGGAUAUCCUCUACCGUGCACUCUGUCAGUUCUCUGAGAAGUACAAUGUUAUCAUCUUGCUCGAUGCACUGGAUGAAUGCGAGCAGAGAAGCAGUAUCCUGACGUUGCUCCGCAAAUUGAACGCAGAGAAAGCGAGCCUCAAGAUCUUGGUAACCAGCCGCGUGGAAGCGGAAAUAGAGGAUGCUUUUGAGGAUCUCCCUAGAUUGCGCUUGGAAGACCACCAAAUGGAGAUGAAACAAGACAUCGAAGCCUACAUCACCAAACGCCUUGAAAACGAUGCGAAUCUCAAAAGGCUUUCUCUGGCCGUAAGACGUGAAGUCCAGGAUGCACUCGUACAAAAGUCCGCCGGCAUGUUCCGAUGGGCUCAGUGUCAACUGGACGAUCUAUCACACGUGCGCACCAUACGGGCAAUUCAGAAGAGACUAGAGCAGCUACCAGAGGGUCUCAAUGAUACAUAUGAGAACAUGCUGAGAAGAAUUCACAAGGACGAUGUUGAGAUACUUCGACGGGUUUUGAUGUGGAUCACCUUCUCCGUCACCCCACUUACUCUGGACGAACUACGAGAAGCCAUCGCUAUUGACUUGGAUGCGAAAACAUUAAUCGAUAUAGAACAAGAUCGACUGCCAGACCCAAAAGAUAUAUUGGCCAUUGGUGGUAGCCUGGUAAGCGUUUCGGAGUCCGGUCAUGUUCGACUAGCACAUUUGUCUGUAAAGGACUACCUGCUUUCCAUGCAAAUCAAGACCAAUCGCGAAAUCGGCCUAUUUGCCCUGGAGCCUGAUCAAGCAUAUCAGGAGCUGGCAACCGGCAGUCUCGCUUACCUGACGCUGGAUAGCUUUGCUACAGGACCAUCUGACUCAAUCGAAGAUUGGCAGUACCGACGAGAAAACCAUCCUCUACUCCAUCAUGUGACAAAAGCUUGGCCGUACUACUAUCGUUCUGCAGAACAAACAGAAGACUUGAAGGAGAUUGUUCAGCGAAUCCUGGCCCCACGGCCCAGUAAAUUGUUCAUGUCGUGGAUUCAGAUUCUCAACUCGCACUGGAUCAAGGGAUGGAACGAAUAUCCACGUCAUGCUACGCCUUUGUAUUACGCUGCAUCGUUUGGACUUGAAAGCGAUGCGGGUCGUCUUCUGAAGGCUGGAGCAGAAGUCAACGCUGCUGGAAGUCGCUUUGGUGGCACGGCGCUGCAUGGGGCGGUAUUACGCGAACAUCUGUCUAUCAUGAAGAUGCUCAUCAAUGCAGGAGCAGACGUAUCUCAAGCAGAUUUCAAUAAGAUCACGCCUUUACAUACAGCUGCCAGAAUUGGUAACGCGGCAGUCAUUAGUCUCCUCCUCGAACGGGGCGCGUCGACAUCGGCCGUCGACAGUUUGGGGGAAACGCCUUGCGAUUGGGCUGUGCAGGCAAAGCAACCAGCCUUGGAGAGAUUGAUUCGAGGUGAGUGUUGUGGUAGCAUUAGCGGCUCCGACAAAGGCACUGUUCUCAAUUUCUACAUGCGACCUUCUGCAUCUUUCCCUGCGCUGGCAGUUGCUCAGGGACUCGGAGCCUCUUCUUCGGUGGCCAAGUUGUGA